CAUACAACCAUUUGUUAAACUUGUAAUUUCACUUGUAGUUUUGGACUUUCACAUGUGUGUGUUUUUUUCCUUCCUCCUUUUCAUAGGACAUCCCAAGGCAGCCUAAUGGUUCAGUAGACUGUGGAAUUUACAUGUUGAUGUAUGCACUUUAUCUAUCUGACCAUGGAGGAACCCUUUGAUUUUACUGCUGAUGACAUGCCUGCCAUUAGAAAGUGGUGGCGUUUGGUUGUUCUGGAGAACAGCUCGUAUGGGUGUCAGGACCAAGAAGAUCAUGGCAGCAGUGAACUCGUUGAGGAAUAUACUGAUACAGCCACACCAAGUGUAGGAGAGCAGGCUGGCUGUGUGGCUCCAGUACGGCGGCUGACUGAAGAACAAGUUGCUCAGGUUUUUGCAGCUGCAGAGAUCAGCAGGGCCUACAGGAGGACUCAACAUGAGAAGCUGUUGGAGUUCAUAAUAAAGGACCAUGGAGCAGAUGAUCACUUGCUGGCUGUUGUAUCUCGUAAGGUAUCGUCCAAAUGGUUAAAAAAUUAUGAAAAUCCUAAAGGUCACCGGGUAAUGGCUUAUAUAGAAGAUGAGGAGCUGAUAGAUUGCCUCUACAACUUUUUGGAUGAAGUGCUGUCAAGAGCUGUAGGCCCUUUUGAGAGGAUUGACAGAGUUCACAUCAUUCUGGAAGUGCUGAUGCCAGAGUUAUACAGACAGUUGAGGGGAUUUCUCUGCUUGAGGCUGAAAAUCUGUUCAUGGAUGGACCAGCAGACAGUGAGUGGUACGUCAUGUGGAAAAUAAACAGUCCUUUCUUUUUCUUUUCAGCGCCAUUAUUCUGUUAAAAAGAAUACCCUAUAGUUGUUGUGAAUUUAGACAAGAAUAUAAACUAAAUAUAUAUAAAUGUGAAUAUAUAUGUUUAUAGUGACAUUUAAACUAUACAUUAGUACAUUUUUAGUAUUGGUAAAAUUACAUUUAGAAGUAUACCAUAUGUAGCAUUUAUUCUAAACUUUACAAGGUCAAGAAUUGAGGUUUCAAAUGACGACAAAUGCAGAAGUGUUUCUGGUUGGUAUGAUUAGAAUUUGUUCAUUUGUGUGGUUAUUUUAGUUUUGUUUUUUUAGUGACAGGGAAGAGUUUGACAUACUUGUUUUACAACAGUUGGAAGCACAAGGAUAGCACCACUGAGGCAUUUAAACUCGGGAUUACAUCUCAACCCAACUCAAAUAAAUGUGUCUCUUUCUUUACAUCUCUUUUGCCUUUUUUAUUUGUGUGUUAAAAUGACGGUGCAUAAUAGAGUUGUAUAUAUUUAAUGUAACUAUUGAUGUAAAUAAUAAAGGACACUUUCUGCUAUUGUUAAAGAUUGUUGAUUAAGUUCUGUAUGUUGGAAAUUGCGUGUCUGUUUUUAGACAAUUGAUGUCAUCUGGAUUUUUUCUUUAAUUGUUAUAACUGCUUUGUAAAGUUGUUAUGCAUUUUACAUUGUUGUUUUAUUUAUAUAUAAUAUAUAGAAGCGGGCAUGCUGUAGUUUUAAUACUUUAGUAUAUUCCUUGAUCAGUCUGUUUGUUAAAUUUAAUCUUUGUGCAUUCUUUCUUUCAAUU